AUGACUGAGCCUCCUUUCUGCGAACAGGCUCUUGUUAUUGUCCUCGCCAAGGAAUUGGUCCUCGAGUAUUGCAAUUAUUGUCUUACGAAGACGCAGGCUCUGAAACGAUGCAGUGCUUGUAGAAUGAUGGCCUAUUGCUCGCCACAAUGCCAGAAAAAUGAUUGGAGACAACACAGACCCGAAUGCAAAGCGAUUGUUGCUCGCAGAUUUGUGGCGGAUGAUGGCAUUCGGUUGGUCAUGCGUCUUGUGCAGCUCUAUGAGGCCAAUAUCAUCACCCCAGCGACUGAUCAAGAAGGUCCAAGCGGAACUCGAACCUUCUACGAUCUUGAAGAUGGAGGGGAUCGACUAAAUAGUUCAGCAGAGGCUUUUCUGGACACAUUUAAGAAGUUCGCGAUCGCUCCAUUCUCUACAGAUGAUGUUGUGAAACACAUGUAUAAAAAAGUGGCGAUGAACAGUGUCUCGGCCAGUAAUCCAUUCGGGUCUCAUAUUGGAAUCGCAUUAUGUAUUAAGCUCACUGCGGCGAGACAUUCGUGCAAACCAGCGACCAGAGUGGCGUUUAGAAAUCGUCUUGUGAUGUUAGUGCCUACCUCGAAGUGCCCAAUGAAUGUUGAGAGUGCCUGUCAUUCUUAUAUCGAUGAGUUACAACCGGUAAACACGCGUAAGAAGAUUCUGAAGGAAAAGUAUGGAUUUGAUUGUGAUUGUGAAGGUUGCCUUGAUAAUGAACGAAAUGAUCGCAUGGAGGCAUUCUGUUGUGGGAAUUGCACGAAUGGAUGGAUAAAGAAUGCGGAAAAUGCUACAUGUUCAACAUGCGACUGGAAAAUGACUCCUGAGCAUUUUCAAAUGUGUCAAAUUGCGGAAAAUUCUGCCAUUCAAGGCGAGCCGAUUCUAAUGCAGGACGAUGUUCCAAUGAACAAGCGAAUUGAUAUGGGGGAGAAGCUGUUGUUCAUGGCGAACAAUACACUUCAUCGAUACAACGUGCUGAGACUUCCCAUUUAUCGUUUACUGUUCGGAGCAUCGGUGGUGACCAAAAAUAUUCCGCUUGCAAGGAAAUACGGAUUGGCGAUGUUGGAGUUGCAACUCCAAUAUCAAAAUGAAAACGAUCUUGCCAUUUUGUACCACAAACUUCGCCUCGCUCAAAUUAUGAUUGCUGGAAAUGCGAUUGAUAUUGCCAAACAAUUAUUGGAAUCUAUUUAUAAGCCAUAUGUCGAGAUUUUCGGAAUGGAAUCUUUGGCAACCAAUAAUAUCAAAUUAAUGCUCAACGGGAUUAAUCAAUCGGCGACUUCUUCAAUUCCUUCGCCACCAUCUUUAUAA